GGAGUCUCACUCUGUCACCCAGGCUGGAGUGGUGAUCUCCGCUCACUGCAAGCUCCGCCUCCCGGGUUCAAGCUAUUCUCGGGCCUCAGCCUCCCGAGUAGCUGGGACUACGGGUGCACCCCAUUACCAUGCCUGGCUAGUUUUUGUAUAUUUAGUAGCGACGGUGUUUCACCAUGUUGGCCAGGCUGGUCGUGAACGCCUAACCUCAGGUGAUCCACCUGCCUCGGGCUCCUAAAGUGCUGAGAUUACAGGCAUGAACCACCGCGCCCGACCUGCAUCAACGUUUGCUCAGGGGGCAGGUGGUCGGGCUGAUGGCCCAGCUGCAGGCAGGGUCAUUUCCAGCCUGUCCCUCCCUGAGGCUGCGUGCCAGGGUUCACCUGUGCCCUGCGCGGCUCUGCACUGACCCCGCCGGUGGCUGGGGAGGAGUUUGGGCUUGGCGCCUCCUCCGUGUAGUGGUUGAAGCUUCCCGGGUGCUCCUCAUUCCUGGGAAGGGAGUCGGGUGAUGGGAACGGUGGGGGCUCAGCGCCGGGGACGAGCAGGGCUGAAACGCGCCUCCUGAGUGUUGAAAGCGGCAGGCGCCGGCCUUUGCACCCAGAGGCCAGGGCGUCUCACGCACCUUCACAUCCAGGCCUCUUAGGGGAGCGCGGCUUUGGCUUUUCCAGGAAGGCAUGGACUCGAACGGACAGGGAAAGAGAAGGUGUGGAGAGACGGGCAGGAUAAGCAGGCACUGGGCCCAAGCCGCCCUUGGAGGCUCCGCCUGUUCUAAUCUGAAGGCGGAGGCUCAGCCGUGCUCUCCCAGGAGGCCACCUGGGCGUUUGGGGCUUUAGCUAGGAAAGAGGAUGUCGCUUGCGGCUGCGAAGGCGCCAAGGCCCAGAGCUCGCGCCUCCGCCCGCGACGGCGGCACUGGGGGCCCGGAGCGGGCGGGACACGCGGGUUACUGCGGGCUUCGGGGCCCUAGCCUCGACCGCGACGUUCGCUCGCAUCGCGCACGGACAAAAACCCGUGAGCUCUGGAGAAAGAACACCUGAAUCUGGAGCCCCCAGCCCCCGUCGCUCGUUUGAGCGACCCCAAAACCCGGCGGGACGAGGGCCGCCGGAUAUCCAGCUGCCGCCACAGACGGCGCUUUGGCGUCUGCGCGACGCGCCGCCUUAUGGGUAAUCUCAGGGUGAGACGAGGCUAGCGCGAGGUGCGGCUAGAGCGUCAUUCCCGGCUCAAAUGCCCGGCAGCCGUGGCGGCUAGAGCGUCUCUCCCCAGCUCGAAUGCCCGGCGGCCGUGGCGGCUAGAGCGUCACUCCUCAGCUCGAAUGCCCGGCGGCCGAGGCGGCUAGAGCGUCGCCUCCUCCCGGGGAACCGCGUGUGACCUUCCAGCCCGCGGACCGAUGCUGCCGGCGGCUGCUCGCCCCCUGUGGGGGCCUUGCCUUGGGCUUCGGGCCGCUGCGUUCCGCCUCGCCAGGCAACAGGUGCCAUGUGUCUGUGCCGUGCGACAUAUGAGGAGCAGCGGCCAUCGGAGGUGUGAUGCCCUCGCUGGUGCACCCCUGGAUAAUGCCCCCAAGGAGUACCCCCCCAAGAUACAGCAACUGGUCCAGGACAUCGCCAGCCUCACUCUCUUGGAAAUCUCAGACCUCAACGAGCUCCUGAAGAAAACGUUGAAGAUCCAGGAUGUCGGGCUUGUGCCGAUGGGUGGUGUGAUGCCUGGGGUUGUCCCUGCUGCAGCAGCCCAGGAGGCGGUGGAAGAAGAUAUCCCCAUAGCGAAAGAACGGACACAUUUCACCGUCCGCCUGACCGAGGCGAAGCCCGUGGACAAAGUGAAGCUGAUCAAGGAAAUCAAGAACUACAUCCAGGGCAUCAACCUCGUCCAGGCAAAGAAGCUGGUGGAGUCCCUGCCGCAGGAAAUCAAAGCCAACGUCGCCAAAGCUGAGGCGGAGAAGAUCAAGGCGGCCCUGGAGGCGGUGGGCGGCACUGUGGUUCUGGAGUAGCCUCCAGCUCAGAGGACUUGUGUUCAGGGGUCCCUGGGACCCGGGCGAGGUCCCGCCCUCCCGUGGUCACUGGCUCCACUCCCAGCACCAGGCGCCCAGUGGAGCUGUUUGGGAGAACUGCCUGCGCCACGCAGCGGGGCUGGACAGGCCGCACAGACCUACUGUUGCGGGAGGGAGGGGCGGCUGCUGCCUGGUGACGGCACCGGGAGGCCCACCAGGACGCGCCACCGGUGAAUGUGCCUCUGGUGGCUGCUGAGAAAAAUACACUGUGCAGCUCA